UGUAAAACCAGGCCGUUUGGGGCAAAGGGAUACUCCCUGAUCCUUGCACUUUUGGGUGCAAGUCAUCGCUGGUGGGAUUGUUACAGCCUGUUGCUGCCUUGGUGGACUCUCAACCAACACCUUCAUCAGCCCUGUGAAGACCUGGGAUAGGCGCCAACCAUGCGGAUCCUGUACCUGCUCUUCCCCUUCUUCCUCCUGUUGCUCCAGGGUGCUGCAGGGUCCACCCUGGCUAUAAGCAGUAAGAAAGAAUGUGAACGACAAAAAGGCUUCUGUGGAUUUCUGAAGUGCCCUUUCCCCUUUAUCGUCAAAGGGAAAUGUUCAAGGUUCUUCUUUUGCUGCAAAAAUCUCUGGGCUCACUUCUGGCUUCUGGAACCAUGUCCUGAUGUCCUCUCCUCUUCCUGCCUCUGCUGUCCCCAGGUGGUGUGACAGCAGGAGUGGAAGCGCUUCUCCUGCUGAGUGCUCUGGUGUCGUUGGGGCAGAGGCUGCUUUUCCUGGCUUGAAUAAAGAUGAGCAGUUUGGCAUUGCA